UUUUCCCUGCCUUCGGGUCCCUUUCGCUCUGCCGCAUUUUCAGGCGUCGUCGCUCCAUCUUUUCCGCUCAUGGUGCUUGCCCGCGAGGCCAAUCCGUUUAACCCUGCGAUUUCCAACAAAGUCGUCGACGAUGGUCGGAGGAGUAGAGACUUCACAAUGGAAAACUAUGGAUCGGUGUCGGAGACGGAUCGAAGCGCAAAGGAGAUAAAACGAGUUCCAGCCGACGAGGACGUAGACCAUGAGGCGGCGCGCCCCCGAUACAUUCACGCUAUGUUGGCGGGAGGAAUUGGCGGACUGACGGGCGAUAUGCUGAUGCAUUCGUUGGAUACAGUGAAGACGCGACAGCAGGGCGACCCCCACAUGCCCCCAAAGUACACGUCUAUGGGCAACACCUACUAUACUAUAUGGCGACAAGAGGGCACCAGGAGAGGUCUCUAUGGGGGAGUUCAGCCUGCCGCCGUCGGCUCUUUUCUGGGCACCGUGGCUUUCUUUGGCACCUAUGAGUGGAGCAAGCGAUUGAUGAUCGAUUACGGCGUUGCGCCCUCCAUCUCCUACUUCACGGCUGGUCUCGUCGCCGAUCUCGCUGCCGCGCCAGUCUAUGUACCCUCCGAAGUUCUCAAGACACGCCUGCAGCUGCAGGGCCGCUUCAACAACCCCCACUUCGAUUCCGGCUACAACUACCGCGGAACUAUCAAUGCUAUGCGCACAAUUGCUCGACAAGAAGGUUUCGGCGCACUUUUCCACGGCUACAAAGCCACGCUGUGGCGGGACCUCCCUUUCUCCGCUCUCCAAUUCGCCUUCUAUGAAGAAGAGCGCGGUUUGGCAAAACGGUACAUGGGCUCCAAUAACAUCGGGCUUCCCCUCGAAAUCCUGACCGCUGCCACGGCAGGCGGCAUGGCGGGCGUCAUUACCACCCCCCUUGACGUAGUCAAAACCCGCAUUCAAACCCAACGCCACGACGCUUCCUCGGGCCCGCCAAACCCACCCACAUCUUCGCUUUCGCCCUCUUCGUCUGCGAAACACUCUUCCACUUCAAAAUCUACCCACGCUUCAUCCUCACAUAGCCGCCCGAUCUCAACUGCUUCUCCAUCCACCGCCGUCCGCGGACACAGUGCUGCUACCCUCGAUACGUCUUCCGUCGUACAGGGGCUAAGGAUAAUAUAUAAGACGGAAGGCAUAUGGGGCUGCUUUCGCGGGGUGGGCCCGCGUGGUGUGUGGACUUCUGUGCAAUCCGGGACCAUGCUGGUACUGUAUCAGCAGCUGUUGAAGUGGUUCGAUCAACAUCCGUUGGUCGGGAACGUUGGCGAUGCAGGUAGUGUGUGAUGUGAUUCUAGAUCUGGAAAAACGCGAUAGGGAACGUUGUACGAGUAUUAUAUGUAUAUUAAAGCUUUGUUGUUGAAAGCAAUAGAUAGGGAGCGAUGUGAUGGGGAGGUCCUUGCAUAAGCGGCGUUUGUUUUUUGCUUCUUCUCUGAGCUGAUAUAGACCAUGGCAAUCACACUACUAUUCCUCUGGCCUUUUGUUCAUGAUUAUGAUAAUGAUGAUGAGCUUCGUCAAUGUUUACCAUUUAUCGAUGUCUCAAGGGGGAUAGUAUAACUUGGCAAUGGGGUAUAUAAACCUCUUCUUUCUCUGCUCUCUCUCUCUCUCCUUCUUCUUCUUUCUCUUCCCUACACUUAAGUAUAUACAGUUCUCAGGGACUACUAGAGGGUUUGCACCCCAGCAAGCAUGUCUGUUGUCGUCCUCGCCCCGGCGAAGCAUCACUUGUAUCGGUACUC